AUGGACCUCACGAGGCCAGCUACUUCACCUGCGGAGGAUUUGACGUCUCCAAGCGCCCUCAUUCGAGCCCUCUACCAUGAAGAUGCGCGACAGCUCGAGCAAGCACAUUUCACAAGGGACGACGCCGAUUACGCCUACGCGCUCCAACUGCAGCUGCAGGAAGAGCAUGAGCGAGAAGAGGAAGCACUGCGUGCAGCGCAAAGAUUAUACGAUCUUGAGGUGCGGCAAAAUACGCAACCUUCAGACCGGUCGCAGUUUCGUCGAAAAUGCUUCGUCUGUCAGCAGCGACUGAACCUGCUCGAAUUCCCGUCUUUCACGCCUACGGAGUCGUGUCAACACGUCAGCGAGGCGUGCACUCACUGCUUGCAAGGAUGGAUCGCGAGUUCUUUGCAGACUGGAGGCUGGGCCAGCGUCACUUGCCCCCAGUGCCGGACGUCUCUUUCUCCAAGAGACAUCCGCCGCUGCCUGCUCCUCAAUACCUAG